GGAGUUCAUAAUUUCCUACCCUUAUUUUUAAAAUCAUCUUGAUAGAAAAGGUGUUUUUUUAGUGGCGUGCCUGGGUUGUGCUAUCUCGCAUGCUUAAGCUAUAUGAUGAGAUUGUAACUCUAAGAUUGUAGCGUGAUAACUGUUGGCGGUGAUUGUUAAGAAAAAAGUUCAAGUACAUCAAACAAAUUUGAAAGGAUAACAUGGUGGAAGAAGAUAUCUAUACAAAAGAUGGGACGGUGGAUAUAAAAAAAAAUCCAGCUAAUAAGGAGAAAACUGGAAAUUGGAAGGCGUGCCGCUUUAUUCUUGGAAAUGAAUGCUGUGAGAGGUUGGCAUAUUAUGGGAUGAGUACCAAUCUGGUGAAUUAUCUCCAGAAGCAGCUCAACCAGGGAAAUGUUACUGCAUCAAACAAUGUUACAAAUUGGUCAGGAACCUGCUAUGUCACACCAUUAAUUGGAGCAUUCGUUGCUGAUUCUUACUUUGGGAGAUACUGGACCAUUGCCAUUUUCUCAAUCAUCUAUGUUUUUGGGAUGACACUGUUAACAUUGACUACUUCGGUCCCUGGAUUGAAACCACGGUGCAAUGAGGAUUCCUGCCAUGCUACAAUGACACAAACUGCAGUCACCUUUACUGCUCUGUACUUGAUCGCUCUUGGGACUGGUGGAAUUAAGCCAUGUGUCUCAUCGUUUGGUGCAGAUCAAUUUGAUGAAACUGAUGACAUUGAGAGAAAGAAGAAGAGCUCUUUUUUUAAUUGGUUUUACCUCUCUAUCAAUGUUGGUGCGCUUAUUGCUUCAUCUGUUCUGGUCUGGAUACAAAUGAAUGUAGGCUGGGGUUGGGGGUUUGGAAUCCCAGCAGUUGCGAUGGCCAUUGCAGUAGUGUUUUUCUUCACUGGUAGUCGGUUGUAUCGGUUACAAAAACCUGGAGGCAGUCCAAUUACAAGGAUUUUCCAGGUUAUAGUUGCAUCCUUUAGAAAAGUAAACAUAAAAGUUCCUGCUGAUAAGACUCUUCUUUAUGAGACUACAGAUGAGGAAUGCAGUAUCCAAGGAAGCCGAAAACUUGAGCCAACCGAUAAAUUUAAGUUCUUGGACAAGGCAGCAGUCGAGACUCCAACCGAUCGUGCCAAGGGCUUUGCAAACCCAUGGAGACUUUGUACUGUAACUCAAGUUGAGGAACUUAAGGCUGUAAUCAGAUUGCUACCAGUAUGGGCAUCUGGAAUCGUCUUUGCAACUGUGUAUAGUCAAAUGAGUACCAUGUUUGUUUUACAAGGCAACACUAUGGACCAACACAUGGGACCUCAGUUUCAGAUUCCAUCCGCAUCUCUCUCCCUCUUCGACACUCUCAGUGUUAUAUUCUGGACUCCUGUAUAUGAUCUAGUCAUUGUCCCAUUUGCAAGUAAAUUCACAGGUCAUGAGCGAGGCUUCACUCAGCUUCAAAGAAUGGGAAUUGGACUUGUCAUUUCCAUACUUGCCAUGAUCAUUGCUGGAGUUUUAGAGGUUGCUCGACUCAACUUUGUCAGGAGUCACAAUUACUAUGAUCUUAAGUACAUUCCAAUGUCAAUUUUCUGGCAAGUUCCGCAGUAUUUUCUAGUUGGCUGUGCAGAAGUGUUUACUUUCAUUGGGCAGAUAGAAUUCUUCUAUGAUCAAGCACCUGAUGACAUGAGAAGUUUGUGCUCAGCUCUAUCACUCACAACUGUUGCAUUAGGUAACUACUUGAGCACUCUGCUGGUGACCAUAGUGACUAAAGUGACCACAAGCCAUGGAAAGCUUGGUUGGAUUCCAGAUAAUUUAAACAGGGGCCAUCUUGACUAUUUCUACUGGCUCUUGGCCAUCCUCAGUUUAAUAAACUUCCUUGUGUAUCUAUGGAUUGCCAAGUGGUAUACCUACAAGGCGACAACAGGGCGUGCACAUUGACACAGAAAUGAAUUAUAGAAGUAUGAGUAGGAGUUCCAGUUUUACUUGUGUUUCUGGUAAUCAUAAAUUAUGGUUUUAUUUAGAUUGACAGACCAAAUGCUUGUAAAGUACAGCUUCAUGUAUCCAGUUUAUUUGUGUUUGUAAUACUGUUUGCUAUAUUCAUGUUUGAAACUUUGGUUCA